AGGAGUUUGCCAUCUUCAGUUUCUCCUGGACCUCCGCCGCGCUCACAUCGUCGCUCCGCGCUCGGCGGCGAACGCAGCACAAUAAGUCCGCUCCUUUUCUCCGCGCCCACUCCCACUCCCACUCCACGAGCUGAUGGACACGGCGAGGAGGACGCUGCGUCCCGCGUAGAAGGACGAGACGAAGAAGAAGAAGCAGGAAGAGAAGAAGAAGAAGGAGGAGGAAGUGUUUGUGUAUUUAAUCAGAGUUGGAUUGGAGGGCGACGUCCUAACAAAAAGAAAGAAGAAGAAGAAGAAGAACAACCCCGAAAAGGAUCGCGCGUCUGUCUUUCUUUUUUUUUUUUUGUAUGCGCGCGCACGAGCGUGGCCCCGCGCAUCGUGGUUGCACCUGGGCACGCGCGUGAACGCCACCCCCUUUUCCCACGGCGUAACCCCCCCCACCCUACCCCUCCACGGCAGCAUGCCACGCCGGAAGCAGCAGGCGCCUCGACGGGCUGCAGUGUACGUGCCCGACGAUGAAGACGCCACCCUUCAAGACGCCGUCACGGAGGAAGACUGCGAGACCGACGCCCUGACGGAGGAAGAAUGCUCGGAGAAGACCAGCCCCAAAGUGUCGGAGGACCGCGAGCUGGACAACAGGAGCAGUAACAGUUACAGCAACCAGAACUCUCCAGCCAGCCUCCUGUCCAUCCAGGAGGCGGAGCUAGAGUCGCACCUCAGCGACACAUGUGACAGACUCUCUGACUUCAAGAACUUGGAGGGCCUUCAGGACGAUGAGGGUUGCAAGCGCAAGGACGAGACGGGCAGCAGCUUGCAGAAAAUGCGUGCGGCGUAUGCAAACUUACUCUCGGACUCCUACUGGACGGCAGUGGGGACGGACUUGAAAGCGGGUAAAACCACCAGCAAAGCCAACUGCGACAGCACCAACGGCAGUGCCAAGAGUGACUUCGACUGGCACCAGGACGCGCUGUCCAAGACCCUGCGGCACACGCUGUCCCCGAAGCCCAUGUCCAAACCCAAUCUGUUCAGUUCCGUGCACCUGUACCGGCAGAGCAGCAAACCCUCCGGCUCGGUGUUCACGGGCGCCAGUCGCUUCCGCUGUAAGGACUGCAGCGCCGCUUACGACACCUUGGUCGAGCUGACGGUGCACAUGAACAAGAGCGGUCACUACCACGACAACAAUCACAGCAAAGAAAACACUUCCUCUGCCUCGUCGUCUAAGUCAAGGAAGCGAAGCUUGCAGGAUUUGGAAGGGAAGGAGGACGCACAAAAAGUCUUAAAGUGCAUGUUCUGUGGUCAUUCCUUCGACUCGCUCCAGGAUUUGAGCGUCCACAUGAUCAAAACAAAGCAUUACCAAAAAGUGCCUUUAAAAGAGCCAAUCCCAGUCCUCACCCAGAAACUGCUGCCACCUGCAAAGAAGCGGGCCUUCGAGAGCGCCAGGCCGUGUUCCCCGGACUCUACCACAGGGGUGGCCGGGUACGGCGACGCCCACCGAACCGGUGCUGCGUCCAACGGCAACAACAACCGCUACGGCUAUCAGAACGGCGCCAGUUACACGUGGCAGUUUGAGACGUGCAAGUCUCAGAUCCUGAAGUGCAUGGAGUGUGGCAGCUCCCAUGAGACCUUGCAGCAGCUCACCACGCACAUGAUGGUGACGGGACAUUUCAUCAAAGUCACUAACUCCGCUUCCAAGAAGGGCAAACAGCUGGCGCUCGACCCCUUGGCGGUGGAAAAGAUCCAAGGGAUAGCCGAGCCCCCCUCUGAAGCUGAUGAAGACAAGAUGUCUCCUAAGAACGUCUCCCUUGGAGGUAGUGAGGGGGACGUGGAAGAAGGUUCCUUCAAAGCUGACGAAAGUGAAACGAAAGAGGAAAAGCUGGAGAGCGAAGAUCAAAAGACAGGAAACUUUAAGUACCCUUAUCUCCGAGAGGAAGAUCUAGAACAGGACUCUGGCGGAGGCGGGGACAUCCUUAAGUCUUUAGCCAACACGGUGGCGUCGGCCAUCAACAAAGCACAAACAGGAACACCGAGCUGGAGCGCCUACCCGAGCAUCCACGCCGCCUAUCAGCUUUCUGGCAUCAUCAACAGCGUCCCCGUUUCUGCCUCCGCGUUGCCGCUCACUCAGCUCAAGCCGGCGUUCAACAACCAAAAGCUGCGGCCAAUCGCCCCUAAGGGACAGAACCACGAAGCUGCAGACCUGGACCAUAAGGACAGCGACGUCAAACAAGAUGCGAUCGGUGAGGGCAAAGCCGGCCAGGGUCCAAAGCUGGAUCUGAUGGACACAGACGACAGUGACUGUCAGGAGGACUCUUCCUUCUCGUCAAAGCCUGACGUCAAUGACGGAAGCGAGGCGGUCAAAGCAAAAAUGAGCCCAGAUUUCUCUGACGGAGGCAAGACUCUGAGCCCCGACGCUCUGGAUUUCCUUGCCGUAAACCCUCUCAGCGCGCUGCAGUCAGUCCUGAACAAUCACCUCGGCAAAGCCAAUAAGCCCAAGAACUCACGGUUAGAGAAACUAUCUUCCCACGCUCACUCCAUUUUUGUGAAUCAGAAGCCAACGCUAAUACUCGCUAACGUUGCGAGGAAUAAGCCGAGAAAUAGCUUUCUCUUUGCAAGGGAUGACCAGCCCAUAGACCUGACUAAGUCCAAACACAGCAAGCCGAGGCCCUCGCUGCCCGCCAAGUACGCUCUGUCUGACAUCGCUGACAUGGUCAAAGUUCUCCCCAAAGCCACUACGCCAAAACCCCCCGUAACGUCCAGACUCCCCGCCAUGAAACUGGAAUCCGACGUCAGGCGCUUCGAAGACGUCUCCGGCGAAGUUUACUCGGUCCACAAGCGCAAGGGCCGCCAGUCCAACUGGAACCCUCGCCACCUUCUCAUCCUGCAGGCUCAGUUCGCGUCCAGCCUCUUCCUCACCUCGGAGGGCAAGUACCUGCUGUCCGACCUGGGCCCUCAGGAGCGCAUGCACAUCUCCAAGUUCACCGGUCUCUCCAUGACCACCAUAAGCCACUGGCUGGCCAAUGUCAAGUACCAGCUGCGCAAAACCGGCGGCACCAAGUUCCUGAAGAACAUGGACACGGGACACCCGGUCUUCUACUGCAACGACUGCGCGUCGCAGUUCAGGUCGCCGGCCGCCUUCAUCGCCCACCUGGAGUCGCACCUGGGCUUCCAGAUCAAAGACAUGUGCAAGAUGGCCGUGGAACACCACGGCAAGGCGGAGGAGGCGGAGCUCCCCAAGGGACUCGGCGCCCGGCCGUCCGAGACCACGCUCCCGGACGAGGACGCCGACUCCAAGUUCAAAUGUAAGCUGUGCUGUCGGACAUUCGCCAGCAAUCACGCCGUCAAGCUCCAUUUGAGCAAGACGCACAGCAAGUCCCCCGACAACCACUCGCAGUACGUGGAGAUGGACAAGGACUAGUUCUGGGCACACUUUUAUUUAUGGAACACAAACACGGGUCGGACAUUUCUACUCCCCCCCCCACGCCCGCAGUUAGCGUCGUGUAGUGCGCCUCGUGACCAUGAGUUCCACCGGCGCUUGAAGAAACUGAAACGCUGACCUUUGCAUGACUACUAUUUAUUAUUUGUAUCGACUGUACUUUGAAGGCCACGUCAUGGUAAAUAUUUGGAAUACACACCACAAAUAUUUGGAAUACACACAUCUGACACCUGCUUCCGGUCGCCAUAAUAGAGAAAAAAAAAAAAGCACUUUAAUAAAUGUUUAAUCAGCAAUUUGGAUUCUCGGAAAGAAGCGAAACUAUUUAGACGGAGAAAAAAAAAAAACAUGCAAGAAAAACCUGUGAUACCUGCACCUUUUUUUACCUGUUCAAAUAAAGACUUAACAUUUGAUAACA